GCACGAAAUAGAUUUUGGAAUCUGCAGCGUGUCGUCCCAGCGACCGGUCGCGUUUCCACGGAGACGGUUUCCAUGGGAACGCGGGUGUGCCAGUGAGACGGUAUCCGAGGCGGAGUUUAAACGCGGGCUUUAAACGCUACAUAAUAAUUAUUAUCAGUAUUAUUAUAAGUGAGAGGACUGGACAGAAGGGAGCAUGUCUGACUCAACACCGCGGAGUGAGAAGGAUUAUGUUGGUCAGAUUAAAGGAGGUAUGCGUCCUGCUAUGAGAAUCAUAGUGAUGGGCAUCAUUCACAAACAGCCAAGAAGUAUGCUGGUGACGGUGUCCUGCCCACCUCGAGAAGGUGACGAGGAGCAGGAGGGUGACGUGGGGUUGCAGCUGACGAUCAAGUUCCCGGAAAGGGCCGUGAUCCGUAAUUACCGAUUGAACGGGAAGUGGGGAACGGAGGAAAGCAACCUCUCUUUCUUCCCUUUUGCUGCUGGAGAGUCUUUUAAAAUGGAGAUUGUGUGUGAACACCAGCAGUUCCGGAUCCUGGUGGAUGGUCAACCGUUAUGUGGAUUCACACACAGAGUGACCCAGCUGGCGUCCCUCACGUCCCUGCGCGUGGGUGGAGAUCUGCAGCUCACCAAAGUUGCAUGAAAACACAGGAGUCAUCAUCCAAAAAAAAACAAACAAAAAAAAAAACAACACACACAGGCACUCAUAAGAUAACUGCAGACCAUUGACGCACUUAGUUCUUUUACGUAAAUGACCCUCCUUUAGACCCCCCUUUAGACCCUCCCUUUGACCCUCUGUGCUGCCCAUCGAGUCAGGAAAACUGCACACGGAUUCUAAUACAGAAUGCAAAAUACUCCAAAGCUCCAGUCAACUGUGAUCUAUACCCCUGUGUAACACUCAGACCUCACACACACACGUAUGGAUAUUUCUGGAAACACAUUCGUUGUUCUCCUGUGUUUAAAAAAAAAAUGUCAACAAAUUUUUCUCUCUGCAAUCCACAGGGCUUCUGUAAAAGGCCAUGCCGGACCAGUAGGUGGCAGUAACGCAUCUUAUACCUCAGCGCCAUCAAAUUCUAGAUUCUGAUUGGUCAGAAGGUGUUGGUUAAUUUUCUAAAAGAGCAGCUCUGGCAGUAGUGCAGCUGGAAGUCACAGCUGUCUAUUAACGCGCUUAUCGUUUCUAUAGUAACGGCUAAUUCAGAGGGACUUAUACAGAAGAUGCUAGAUUAAAACUGCGUAAUCGUAAUCAUAUACGGUGCAUCCGGAAAGUAUUCCCAGCGCUUCAGGAAAGUAUUCCCAGCGCUUCACUUAUUCCAAAAUGCAUUAAAUUCAUUAUUUUCCUCAAAAUUCUACAAACAAUACCCCAUAAUGACCACGUGAAAGAAGUUUGUUUGAAAUCUUUAGCAAAUUUAUUAAAAACAGGUGUGUGCCUUUCCAAAUCAUGUCCAAUCAACUGAAUUUACCGCAGGUGGACUCCCAUCGAGUUGUAGAAACAUCUGAAGGAUGAUCAGUGGAAACAGGACGCACCUGAGCUCAGUUUUGAGUGUCAUGGUUAAAGGCUGUGAAUACUUAUGUACGUGUGCUUUUUUUAAAAAAAUUUUUUAUUUUUUUAUUUUUAGAUUUCAAACAAACUUUUCUCACCGUUCAGCGCUGUGAAUACGUUCCGGAUGCACCGUGUGGUAUUCUGAACAUUUCUGUAAGGAGAUGUUUGUUUAGCAUUUAAGGACGGCGUUUCAACACUGACCAAAGCGCAGAGAAUACGUUGCUUUCCAAAAUAUCCACGUGGACGUUGUUUCAGUGAUGCAAACCAGGAGCUGAGAAUGUAUGAUUCAUCAUCAAUAACCCUGACUACGUUAGACUAAAUAAGCACGCUUUUAAUUAAAUAACACACCUUCUGUUUUUCAACACAUUUACAAACUGCUACUUCAAAGGAGGCAAAGAAAAUCUCUGAGAUGUACUGCUACCUGCUACAACCUUGACUUUGACCUUGACCUUUGGCUCUUUCGUAUUCCAACAGAAGUGCCUUGACAAGUGCGUGUGUGUGUGUGUGUGAGUGUGUGAGUGUGUGUGUGUGGCUAAACUGUCUUCAUGGAAGUAGUAAAAAUACAACCUGACUAACCAGAAAGCUCUCUGAGAGAUUUCUGAUGCAAUAUCUUACAUGGUGCUAAAGAACAUGGUGGUGUGUGUGUGUGUGUGUGUGUGUGUGUGUCACACACUUGCCUACAAUACACACUUUUAACACGCACUCGGAAGUUCACGUAUGCUGCAUUAGAGUUCGCCUGUUCGCAUCGACAUGACGAACGCACGGCACACGAUAUCGACGUCUCUGAUCGAGAAACAAAGACAACCAAACGUCUCUCAAGAUGCCUUUGUUUGAUUUUGAUUCCGUAGAAAAACAAUAAACGUCUUUUUGAAAAGC